CGGUACACAACCGGAACUGUCUCUUCCUCUAGAUUCUUGUGCUGCUGUUCAGCAUUUUUCUUGCAUCGGUUCCGGUAUAGUGACCGAUAUUUAUCUACAGAGGCACUUAUUCUCUUGUAACGUUGGUUGACUUUCAACGGUGUUAAUUCAAGUUCUCUAGUAGCAACUAUUCUACUCUCAUUCACACCCAGGUCAUGCCUCCUGGCGCUCCGUUCCACUCCUUCGUUCUCCCUUAUCCGAUCCGUAUCGACGAGUUCACUGAACUUCCAACCACGAGGGAUCCAAACGACCCAACCCCAACUAAUGCUAAGCUCUACUUCCUUACACACACGCAUUCCGAUCACCUCCUCGGUCUUCAGGCAAAGGGCUUCGCUCAGAAAGUAUAUUGUUCUCAGGACGCGAAACAAAUGCUGCUUCGAAUCGAAGAAUUUCAAGAGCGGUCUUUGCGUGACAAGGGUUAUCGAGCUGAACCAACGAGGAAGUACAGGCAUCUCCAAGUGAAUCCGAUCUAUGACUCGACAGGACACUGUAUCAAUGAGCCUCAAGUCCGAAAUUUGCUCAAAACGUGCCCAAUGAAUUUACCUUUCGAAGUCCAGUAUGCAGAGGGUGAAGAGGUGGUCAUCACUGCAAUCGACGCUAAUCACUGUCCGGGAUCCGUCAUGUAUCUCAUUGAGGGCCCACAAGGGUCUAUCCUCCACACGGGCGACUUUCGUGCCGAACCCUGGUUUUUAGAAACCAUCAAACGGAACCCCUUUCUUCAACCUUAUCUAGCAUCCGAGGACACCCCUCUGCAAGAAAACGAGUUAAUCAAGACAUUAGAAGCCAUCUACCUUGAUACUGCCUGCGUAAUGCAAACACAUCAGGUUCCCUCAAAGGAAAGCGCAAUCUCUGGGCUCAUAAAUUUAAUGAGGCUCUAUCCACCUUCAACAUUAUUCUUUAUCAAUGCGUGGACCCCGGGAUACGAGGAUAUUUUAAAGGCUAUUGCUCGUGCGUUUGGGUCAAAGGUCCAUCUAGAUCGUUACAAACACAACAUUUACGGUCAUCUUCGAAACGAUCCUUUACUCGCCUCUAUCGGCACAUCCGACCCAGAAUCCACUCGUUUUCAUGCAUGUGAACGUUUUGACCGGUGCCAUGUUGUUAGUGUACAGCAGGGAGAGGCGUCCACUAGAACCAAGGACAACAGACGGGUGGUAUAUGUGAACCCAGUUAGUUCAAUGACCCCCGAAUUAUGGGCCAAAUACCAAUCGGACACCAGAGCUAGGUUGAACUCUGUUGGAGCUCAUCUUCGAGACGAAGAAUGUACAUGUUUGCUUGUUCCUCUCUCUCGACAUUCUCCACUCCCAGAGCUCCGUUCUUUCGUUUCGCUAUUUCGACCGAAACGAAUCAUACCCAAUACUCUCGAUCCGAAAUUGAAAGCGCUUGAUUGGUUAGCUAUAGAACGUGCUUUCGCGGAUUGUUUAGCUUCACCAGGCAAAUCACAACACUCAUUAAUUCCCUUACCUCCUCCAAUUGACCCAGAAAUCGCGGAAGCAACACUUGUAUCCAUCUUUCAACAAAAAAAUGAUGUGGAGGAGGAUGACACAGCGCUGAAAAAUUUCGCAGACUCUACUGUCAGGUCCAGCACCGCCCCUGGCUCCCAGGAGACUCGAGAUCUUGCGAAGCAAUGGGUGGUCGGUGUCGGCUAUGACCAUGCUAGACAGGGGCGAAAGCUGAAAGGCAGGAUGGCUCGAAAGGCGGCGCUCGUGAUGAAGUGGCUGGGGAAGGACGACGAUGAAAUUCUUGCACGACUCCCUCCGUUGUCGUCGCGCCAACGGGAGAGGAAAGAUGCGGCGAAAGCUGGCCUGGCACUAGGAGUGGAGGAUCGCCAUGUUACAAGCGACUCGCCUCAUUCUACCGACUCGCCUCAGAGAAGUCUCAGACAACAUGCCACUUCUACAAGCAGCGACUUUGAUCACGACGAGGGAAACGACAGUUCGGAUGGGGACGACGAUGUUCAUGUCAAAGUGCAUCACCAAAUCUUUGGUAACGGUUGUAUGUCACAGAGGUCGUCCUCCAUCUCUUACGUGUUAGAAAACGACUUAGAGGCGCAGUCUAAAGCAGACAUCAAUUCCCAAAUGGAUCCCGAGGCUAAGUUAACUGAGCCUGAGCAACAUUUAUGUCCUGCACCACUACCACGGGCGAUUUCCCCCCUACGACCAAAACGAGGUGGUUUAGAACCACUUACCCCCGGCCCCGAAUCCUCUCCAUUCGCCGGGACCGCUUUACUCAGGUAUUCACGACAGAACAAAGGAAGUGAUGAGAGCCGAAGACAACUUGCUAAUAUUGGACCCCCGAUGCACACGGUGGCCGCCAUGAACGAUCUAGAUGUCCAAGAGCAAGUCGAAGGUGAAGUCGCGACAUUCAAGAGGGGAGUUAAGCGGACUAGAUCGAAGGCGGACGUUAUAGGAAGACCGGGAAAGAGAAUGUCACCCUCCCCGUAUUCACAGAAACAUUCUGGGGCAGCUUCGUUUCCGUGGCAAAAUUGUCACCAGCCCGAGGUGGAGGACGAUCCAAGACUCAAAUCAAUCAAACGCCAAUCCGCGUUAUUCCGAGAAUCCCAAAACUUGAUUGAUCAUGCAUCUCAAGACGAGGGGAAAUGGAGUAAACGUUGGAAUGGAAACGAAGACCAGGGUGCUAUAGUUCUGUCUCCCCACGCUGUGAAAGGGAAAGGUAAAGGUUCCCUCCCUUUCUCGCCGCCAAAAAGAAAGACUACGAAGAAUACUGUCUCAACGUUUUCUACACCCACACCUCCGUCGUCACUAUUGAAACUGAAUGCAACAGAGAUCCUUCCCGUGUCUUUCUUUACAGACAAUCCGAUGUCACCGCUCAAACCAAACGCAACGUGCCCGCAUCUCUCACCUUCCCCCUCAUCUCGUCGUCUCACCACCCGCUCUCGAAAGGCCCCUCUGUCUCCUACUAGCCGAUUGCGAAAGACUCAAAGGAGGAUGAACAUGUGUGCAACUAUGCAAGCAUCUUGUUCUAAUCUGGUGGAUCCCUCAUAUGAAGAACAACAUAUCAAGAUGGUUGAACGAUGGAAGCGGGAGUCGUUCAAAAUCGAAUCCAAGUUACAGUAUGAGCAAGAUAGGCGGAGGAGAUUCGAGGCGUUACCUGAUAAAGACGACGACCCGAGUACUGACCCCCGCAUGGAUUCGACACGUAGGGAUGAGUGGAUUGAGAAAAUCAGGAAAGAUUUAGAGUCUGGGAGGAGGAUAAAUCUCCCUGCGGUCGGUCGCGAUCAAUGAUCCUCCCCGGGGCUUAUCGACACGUGCUUUUCUUUCUACUCUCUGACCAUUUUUGUCUUCUUGGAUGAGGAAAAUUCUAUGUUUUUUCAUGUCCAAUCGUUACGCUCAAGCAUACCAGUUUGGAUGUUCACCCCACGGCGGGAGAAGUGUUGAAGGACCCUGGCAUGAGACACGCGUCGGUCACUACGAGGCUUGUUAUUUUCUUACCCUUUUCCGGACACUGGUCCAUUCGGUGUCCAUGCCAGCGUAUUCUUGUGACUACGCACACUAAUGUUUGUGCAUUUGGUCAGAGAAAGUAUCCACGGGCGGGUCAUGUUCUGUGCCACUCUCGGAACUUGUAAUGCCCUCGGGUGUGCAAUGUUCACGCGGUACCCAACCCACCUCGUGUCCUCGAGUUCCGUUCGCCGUCUACUUGUCACUUACAUACUACCAGCUACUUGAAAUUGUUCGGAGUUUGGAUGAACAACCUCGAAUUGGGACUGCGAUGCCAGCCGUGGCCCCUAUCUUGAAAUUGGAAACAUAAGUUCCCACGGUAACUGGACAUCGGGUUCGGGAAGUUCAUGGCGGACACGGUCAAGUCAUGGCAGGGCGGUAGUGCUUGAAGUAGAUUAAACGCUGGAUGCUAAAGCUGGUCACUAUAUCCCACUUACCAGAUUCAUCUACAGGUAUCAGGGGGCCGCCGAAUGCGAGUGGGUUGUUUUAAUGCAUCUGUUAAUUUUCGAUGAUCGAUCCCGCCCUACCAAGCUAGUACGACCACUGCGCCGCAUGGACUGACUCACCCGAUUCCACCGUACUCAUUUGACUUCAAGCAUGCCAUGUGUAGUCCCGCUGAGGUAUACAGGGUAGUAAG